AUGAGGCGGGAUGGUCCGCCUCAUAUUUGCCGACGGAAGAACGGCACAUUCGCGCUCAACGCUGACUGGUCCUCACGGUCAACCAGGAUUCAAAAGGUUAUGGGUCUUUGGACGGAUAAGUAUCCAGAAGCCAAAGAUGUCUCUAGGUGCAUAUUUAGCUCGGUCGUCGUCGGUGCUUGUCGGUGUUCCGAAUGUGCUCCGCAUGCAGACUUUGAAGGCAUUUCUGAUGUUUCUGGGAAGCCAAGAGACUUCUACAACUUGAACCUGCCGAUCUUCAUAGUCUGA